CCAAACACCGCGAGGAUAAAGCAAGAUGGCGUCUGACGGUGAAGAGUCGUCACAGUUCAGUGUUCUUAAUCUGUGCCUCCAUGUACACAUAUAUGUCCUUUAUUAGACUCUAGUAAAUAGAGUAAACAUCGUUAAUAACUGUUUGCAUCCGGUUAUAUUAGUCUGAGCGCACUUUGAUGCAUCUCGGGCUAGCUUAGCUUGCUAGUUAGCUUAGCUUGUUAGCUGCUAACAAAGAGAGGCGGAAGUGAUCAAAACACAUCGCUAAGCAGAGAUCAAGUGUGAGUGUAAAGUGUUGUGAUUGUGUGAAAAUGUGCGAAAGAACAGUAGCAGUGUAUGAGGAGGAACUUUGUCCAACAAAAGAGGAGAAGGAGCGACAACAACAAAAACAUCAAGUUGUGUUACACAGAACAGACAUCCAUCAGCUGAUUGAACACAAAGAAGAAUGUCUCCCUCAUCUGCAGGGGGACAGUUUCACUUUAGAGUAUCCCCAGCCCUCACAUUUUAAAAGGGACGAGGAAGAUCCUCAACCUCCUUAUUUUAAAGAGGAAGAGGAGGGAGAGUGUCCUGUAGGGCAGGAGGAGGCUGAUCUCAGCAAGUUUCCACUGACUGUUGUCUCUGUGAAGACUGAAAAGCAUGAAGACAAACCACCUGAGUCCUCACAGCUUCAUCACAGUCCAAACAUCUGUGAAGAACAUCUCUCUGAGCAACAGAAGUGGAGUUUCAGGAUGGACAAGGAGGAGCCACAGCCUUUCCACAUCAAGGAGGAAGAAGAGCCGCCACAUACAUUGCAAAUACAAAGGGAAGGAAAUAACCCACUGACCUUCCAUUUUAAAGAGGAAGAGGAGGAACACAGCAUCAGUCAGGAGGGAGAGCAUCUUGAAGGAAUGGAGGAGGUUGAUGUCACCAAGAUGCCAGUGACUGGUGUCCCUGUGAAGAGUGAAGGUGAUGAGGUCAAAGGUGAGGGUGAGGAGAGGGGAGGGGGGGAGCCUCCAAGCAGCAGCUCGACACAACACAUGACAACAGAAGCUGAUGGAGACCACUGUGGAGGAUCACAAGCAGAAAAGCUCUUAGCUCCACUAUCAGAUAGUGAGGACACAACGUCACACUCUCCUGACACUGAUGAUGAAGACUCUAAAGAUGAUAAGACAUGUCACACUGACAACACACGCUUCACAUGUUCUCUCUGUGACAAAACUUUCAAAGACCAUCGUAAUCUGAAAAGACACAUGAGUACACACACCGGAGAGAAACCCUUUUUCUGCUCAGAAUGUGGUAGAGAUUUUAGACUAAAACACAUGCUGAAAGUACACAUGAGAACACACACUGGAGAAAAACCUUUUUUAUGUUCAAUCUGCGGUAAAGAUUUUAUUCAAAAGCAACAUUUGAUAAUACACAUGAGAAUACACACUGGAAAAAAACCUUUUUCAUGUUCAAUCUGCGGUAAAGAUUUUACUCAUAGGCACUAUUUGAAAAUACACAUGAGAAUACACAGUGGAGAAAAACCUUUUUCCUGCUCAGAAUGUGGUAAAAGUUUUGUAAUAAAUCAAAGUUUAAAAGUACAUAUGAGAACACACACUGGAGAAAAACCUUUUUCAUGUUCAAUCUGCGGUAAAGAUUUUACUCAAAGGGAGCAUUUCAAAGCACACAUGAGAAUACACACUGGAGAAAAACCUUUUUCAUGUUCAAUCUGCGGUAAAGGUUUUACACGAAUUGACCAUUUCAAAACACACAUUAGAAUACACAAUGGAGAAAAACCUUUUUCAUGUUCAGUCUGUGGUAAAGAUUUUACUCGAAGGGACCAUUUCAAAACACACAUGAGAGUACACACUGGAGAAAAAACUUUUUCCUGCUCAGAAUGUGGUAAAAGUUUUGUAUUAAAUCGAAGUUUAAAAGUACACUUAAGAACACACACUGGUGAAAAACCUUUUGAAUGUUCAGUAUGUGGUAAAAGUUAUAUAGAAAGACAGCAAUUAAAAUCACACAUGAUAAUGCACUCUGGUGAAAAACCAUUCUCCUGUUCAAGCUGCAACAAAAGCUUUGGUCACCUAAACACACUUACAGUACACAUGAGAACACACACAGGAGAAAAAGUGUUGAGUUGCAGUGUGUGUGGUGAAAGAUUCUCUUAUAAGUACCAGUGUAAGAAACACAAGUGUGCUGGUGAGAACAGCAGCAGCAAAUGAAGAUGCAGGAUUUAAAAUAAACGGUCAAAACUUUGUUACAUUUUACUUUCUUACAACAUCAGAAAAUACAGUGGGGCAAAAAAAGUAUUUAGUCAGCAAACCAUUGUGCAAGUUCUCCCACUUAAAAUGAUGACAGAGGUCUUUUUCAUCAUAGGUACACUUCAACUG